UCUUGAAAUUAAGGAGCCGGAGGAAUAACAAUGAACCCUUUGCCGCGGACUGUCGUCCAUGUUUUGCAACAAAGUGAGUAAUGAUAUGAUUUUAAUUAAUUAAGGGGAAAGAAAAGAAAAUCUUGAAGAAAGGAUUAAUCUGUAUCGAACUGCACUCGAGGGUGAUUGGGAUAAUGCUCUAUAUAUUUUGGACCGGAAUCAAUCAUUGUUAAGUGCUUCAAUAACGAGAGACAAGGAGACAGCUCUUCAUAUUGCUGCUGGAGCCAAGCACAUUAAUUUUGUGGAAGAGCUUGUAAGAAAAAUGAGCAAAGAGGAAGUUGGUAAGAAAAACAGACAUGGAAAUACUGCCUUGUGCUUUGCUGCUGCUUCUGGAGUUGUAAGAAUUGCUGAGCUGAUGGUGGAGAAGAACGAGGAUCUUCCACUUAUUCGUGGCUUUGGGAAUGUUACUCCUCUUUUCAUGGCAGUCUCUUACAAAUGUAAACCCAUGGCUUUAUAUCUCUUGUCUGUCACUAAACUCACUGAGCUAACCUCCCAAGAAAAGAUCGAGCUUCUUAUUGCCACCAUACAUAGUGACUUUUUUGAUAUAAGUUUAGAAAUCUUGGAACAUGAUACAACUUUGGCUACUAAGAACGACACAAAAAAUAACAACGAGACAGCAUUGCAUGUCAUGGCUAGAAAACCGUCAGCAAUCGAUAGUGGAGAUCAGCUAAACUUUUGGAAAAACUGCAUCAAUUCCGUGAAAGGAAUCUCCAAUAAAGAAGAAGAGAUAAUGAAGACAUCAGCCCGUGAGUUAGUUGAAUCAUUAUGGAAACAUGUUGUAUAUGAGUUGCCAAAAAAGCAAAUGCUGAACUUCAUAAGGCAUCCUUCAAGAUUGCUUCAUGAUGCUGCGAGUGUAGGAAAUGUUGAGUUUUUGGUUUUACUCAUUCGUAGAUAUCCAGAUAUUGUAUGGGAAGAAGACGAUGAUGGUAAAAGUAUAUUUCAUGUAGCGGUUGAGAAUCGACUUGAGGAUGUGUUCAAUCUAAUAUACGAGAUUGGUGGCCUUAAGGACUUUUCUGCAAAAUAUAGAACAACUGUCAAAGGAAAAUAUAACAUUCUACAUUUGGCAGCAAAACUAGCUGCUCCAAACCAUCUCAACAGAGUCUCAGGAGCAGCCCUUCAAAUGCAACGUGAAUUAAUUUGGUAUAAGGUCAUAGCAGUUAAUGGGAAGUUUCCUGGUCCCUUCAUCAAUGCCACAACGAAUAACAAUGUGGCGGUUAAUGUUCGGAAUGAUUUGGAUGAAGAUCUUCUUCUGACUUGGCCUGGAAUUCAAAUGCGACGUAAUUCAUGGCAGGAUGGUCUUCUUGGCACCAACUGUCCUAUUCCUCCAAAGUGGAAUUGGACUUAUCAGUUUCAAGUGAAGGAUCAAAUUGGGAGCUUUUUCUAUUUUCCAUCUUUGAACUUUCAGAGGGCAUCUGGUGGUUUUGGUCCUUUUAUUCUCAAUAACAGGGAAGUAAUCCCAAUUCCUUUUCCACAACCAGAUGGGGACAUUAUAAUGCUCAUUGGUGAUUGGUACACACAGAAUCAUAAGGCACUAAGGGCUACACUUGAUGCCGGAAAGGACCUUGGAAUACCUGAUGGAGUUCUUAUCAAUGGAAAGGGACCUUAUCAGUACAACUCAACUCUUGUUCGUGCAGGGAUUGAGUACGAAUCUGUUCCAGUGGACCCUGGUAAAACUUAUCGGCUUCGUGUGCAUAAUGUUGGCAUUUCAACUAGUUUGAACUUUAGAAUCCAGAAUCAUAAUCUGCUUCUAGUAGAAACUGAGGGACAUUACACAGUUCAACAGAAUUUCACAGAUUUUGAUAUUCAUGUUGGGCAGUCUUAUUCGUUCUUGGUUACCAUGGAUCAGAAUGCUAGCUCUGAUUACUACAUUGUUGCAAGUGCUAGGUUUGUGAAUGGAUCUACUUGGGAAAGGGUUACGGGAGUUGCCAUCUUGCACUAUUCUAAUUCUAAAGGACCGGCAACAGGUCCUCUUCCUGACCCACCUAAUGAUACGUAUGACAAAGAGAGAUCCAUGAACCAGGCGAGGAGUGUAAGGCAAAAUGUAACUGCAAGUGGAGCUCGUCCUAAUCCUCAGGGAUCGUUUCACUAUGGUCAAAUAACUGUAACACAAACAUAUCUAUUGGAGAGUGCACCAUUGGUAACAAUAGGCGGGUCGCCUAGAGCUACCCUUAAUGGUAUCUCAUUUGUCAAUCCCGAUAUACCCAUCAGGCUUGCUGACCAGAAUAAUGUGAAAGGAGCUUACAAGCUUGAUUUUCCUGAUAGGCCAUUUAACCGGAGACCACAUGCUGAUAGAUCAGUUCUUAAUGCUUCAUAUAAAGGAUUUAUUGAGGUUGUAUUUCAGAACAAUGAUACAACAAUGCAGAGUUUUCAUGUGAAUGGUUAUUCCUUCUUUGUUGCAGGGAUGGGCUACGGUGAUUGGUCAGAAGACAAAAGAGGUUCCUACAAUAAGUGGGAUGCAAUCAGCCGCUGUACAACACAGGUUUAUCCGGGGUCUUGGACUGCAAUCCUCAUUUCGCUCGAUAAUGUUGGAACAUGGAAUAUAAGAGCAGAAAAUCUGGAUAAAUGGUAUUUGGGCCAAGAAACAUACAUGAAAAUUAUCAAUCCUGAGGAGAAUGGGGAAACUGAAAUGGCUCCCCCUUCAAAUGUUUUAUAUUGUGGUGCCCUACGGAGCCUACAGACGCAAAAUCGACAUAGUUCGGGAGGACCAAAUUUCGCAGGGACGUGGAGAUCUGGCAACAUUUUACUCAUGGCAUUACUAGGUUUCAUUCUCAUUUUUUAUUGAAUUAGAGUUUUGAUAUGAUUUUGUAGUAGGGUUCACUCUAAUUGUGUGGGGUGAGAUGAUAUUAUUGAAAUUGUAUGUCAUGUAGACGUAUGUAUAAAUAGAUAUUUUUGUAUCUUAUGUUCAUGUAGUAGAGACUUCAUUUGAUCUUUAAUAUCGGUGAAUUUUCACUUCUUCA